UCUGCGCCCCGCCCCAGCGCGGGCCCCAAGGCGGCCCCUAGGUCGGAAGUAGGCCUUGUUCCUCCGGGUCUGCAGGUUGGUGACGGCCCGUCGUCGUGUCUAAGUCAAUCACUCCCGCAGUCUGUCAGCAGGUGGGCCAAACAGACGACUGACCGGCCCGAGGAAACCCUUCACUUCGCACCAUGAAGCUGGACAUCCAGUGUGAGCAGCUGAGCGAUGCCCGCUGGACCGAGCUGCUGCCUCUGAUCCAGCAGUAUGAGGUGGUCAGGCUGGACGACUGUGGCCUCACGGAGGUGCGCUGCAAGGACAUCGGUUCCGCGCUCCAGGCCAACCCAUCCCUGACGGAGCUCAGCCUCCGCACCAACGAGCUAGGCGACGGUGGCGUGCUCCUGGUGCUCCAGGGCCUGCAGAGUCCCACCUGCAAGAUCCAGAAGCUCAGCCUCCAGAACUGCUGCCUGACGGAGGCUGGUUGCGGGGUCCUGCCUGGCGUGCUGCGCUCCCUUCCCACCCUGCGGGAGCUGCACCUCAGCGACAACCCACUGGGGGACGCUGGCCUGCGGCUGCUCUGUGAGGGGCUCCUGGACCCCCAGUGCCGCCUGGAGAAGCUGCAGCUGGAGUACUGCAACCUAACGGCCGCCAGCUGCGAGCCCCUGGCCGCGGUGCUCCGGGCCACGCGGGACCUGAAGGAGCUCGUGGUGGGCAACAACGACAUUGGCGAGGCCGGCGUCCAGGUGCUGUGCCGGGGCCUGGCGGAGUCCGCUUGCCAGCUGGAGACACUUAAAUUGGAGAACUGCGGCCUCGUGGCAGCCAACUGCAAGGACCUGUGUGGGAUUGUGGCCUCCCAGGUUUCGCUGAAGGACCUGGACCUGGGCAGCAACCGGCUGGGCGACGCGGGCCUGGCGGAGCUGUGCCCUGGGCUGCUGAGCCCCAGCUCCCAGCUCAGGACCCUGUGGCUCUGGGAGUGUGAGCUCACCGUUAGCAGCUGCAGAGACCUCUGCCGCAUCCUCCAGGCCAAGGAGACCCUGAAGGAGCUGAGUCUGACAGGCAACAGCCUGGGCGACGAGGGCGCCCAGCUGCUGUGCGAGAGCCUGCUGCAGCCCGGCUGCCAGCUGGAGUCCCUGUGGGUGAAGUCCUGCGGGUUCACGGCCGCCUGCUGCCAGCACCUUGGCUCAGUGCUGACCCAGAACAAGCGUCUCUUGGAGCUGCAGCUGAGCAGCAACCCGCUGGGUGACGCGGGCGUCCACGUGCUGUGUCAGGCCCUGGGCCAGCCGGGCACCAUGCUGCGGGUGCUCUGGGUGGGUGACUGUGAGCUGACGAACAGCAGCUGUGGAGACUUGGCCUCACUGCUGCUGGCCAACCGCAGCCUGCGGGAGCUGGACCUCAGCAACAACGCCCUGGGCGACCCCGGCAUCCUGCAGCUGCUGGGCAGCCUGGAGCAGCCCAUCUGCGGCCUGGAGCAGCUGGUCCUGUACGACAUCUAUUGGACCCAGGCAGUGGACGAGCGCCUGCAGGCCGUGGAGGAGAGCAAGCCCGGCCUGCGGAUCAUCUCCUGAGCCUCGUCCCCGUGGGAGUCCUGGCUUUAACUUGAGAAAAGGUCAAAUCAGCUCAUUUCCGGCAGAGAAUUUUAGGCACUUUAUUAAAAUUCUUUUUUGGCA